GGUAUAGAUUAUCCACUAUCCCAUAUUAUAUUGUGGGUAUCGGGCCACAGAAAAUCGGCAGCAGCAUCUUCCUAAUAACAAUUAGAAAAUAAAGAAUGAGAAGAAGAUGUUUCUCCUUGUGAAAUUUAUGUAUGUAAACUAAAAACCCCCACGAUACAGGAGAAAAUUCUAGUGUGGAGGUAACGUUAAAAAAAAAGAAACUGGUUGCCAAUCGUCAAGUAUGGCAAAUAACCCUUUUUCAACCGCUUUUAAAAAGGAGGAGGCUUUUUUUUAUGUAUGUUCACCGAUUACUCGAAGACGCCUGAACCGAUUUGGAAAAUUCUUUUUUGUUUCAAUGGGUAUACUUAACUGCUAAAGUUAAAAUUAAAAUUACUAAAAAUUAAAAUUACUAAACCGCGAUUAGCGGUUUAGUAAUUUUAAUAGCGGUUUAGCGGUUUUCAGAAAAUAAACAACAAAUUUUUCAUAUUGAAGUCAGUUGUACAAAAACAUUAAUUUUACCACUUGUUUAUAUGAGGCAAUUUAUGGAGAGGGCCUAUAUUCAACAGUAAACUUUGAUAGAAUUAAUGAAAAGCCGACUUUAAAGAAUCAGAAAUAAUAAAAUAAUAUUCACAUAAUUUUAUCGCUUUUGAAAUCAGUGCUAAGACAUACUUGUAGUGGAAGAUGGAUUAUUUUUGUAUGGUUCUUUAAAAUACACAUAAAUAAUUCAUACUUUAAUUUAAAACAAUUUUUUGACACUUGAAUGGGAAUAUCACAAACUAAAGGUAACAACUAAAAUGUUGCCUACAUAGUUACAAUAAAAACAUAAUCCAUUAUGGCUUCUUAUUUUCUAUAAUUUCCUAACUUCUAAAAAAAUAUAUAUGGAACCACCCAUUCAGGGUUAAGUAACUGUUUAAUAAAAAAAUAAUCAUUAAAAUCUCUUCACCGUUGACGAAAGAUGUAGUAAAAAGAAGCAAUCUAUCGAAUUUAGAACGUUUUCCUUUUUUGAAAUCGGUUAAUAAUGAUUAACCCUUUCCCUGUUGCGUAUAAAAUUAUAUCGGCAGUUUUUUUUUGUUUGGUACUAGGGCGGAAUUCGUUGAUGUACGGACAACAAAUUAAACUAGUUUCAAAUUUUAGGCCUCGAAAAUCGCCUGUGGAGCCGACCGCUGAGAGUGGUGCGGGCGAUGCCAGUGGAACCAAGAGUCGGUCUGCUACCGCGCCGUACUACGAGGAGCGCUACCGAGAGCGCAGAGACCGCGACCCGCCGCCGGCAGACCGAGACCGAGACCGCGACCGGGACCAUCGCCGCGACGCACGUCACUAGCGACGCAGAGACUUUGAUUUAAACCAAACGCAUUUCCAGCGUGGCUUUUUGUCGGUGUUGAGAACAUCCAAUAUAGUGUCAUCAAGAGAUUUUGUGGGUAGGAUCUUCAAAGUAAAUUUACAUAGAUAACUACAGAAUGUUUUGCAACCUAUAUUGUGAGUUUGACUAUGUGAAGAUUUCUAUAGAAUUAAUUAGUGUGUUACACCAAGCUUACCGGAUUCUUGUAAUUACCAUGAAUAUCAUAGAGCUUCAGUGUUGUGUAUGUAAGGUUUCUUUUUUAUGCCCAUUAUCUUUAUAUUUUGUUCUCCAGUACCACACAUGCUUUAUUUAAGCAGCAUAUACUUGAUCUCAAUUUCAUUUCAACAUUCAAACUAAUUUAUGAUUUUAAUUGAAACUGAAUUGACUUCCCUCAAAUAGCAUUUUUGUAAAAUAAAUUCUUAGAGGUCCAAAGACAACAGGUUGUUACUUAGCAUUCUUUCAUUUAUACAUUUCUCUCAAUAAAGUUUCCUUUGUUUAUUUCAAUGUUGGUUUUCAAAUGUAUGUACUGAUGUGGGAGUAAAGUGAUUCCUUGUGAAUGUAUUAGAAAAGUGAUGUCUAGGCAGACUGUUUCUUAAUACUCAAUACAUUAUGUAUUGAGUAUUACCUUUAUGGAGUAAAGUCCUAUAUAGAAGUAUUUUUAUAUUAAAUUGUUAUUUUCCAUGCAAUAACAAUUAAAUACUAUAUAAUAUGUAAAAAAUUCUGUUUGAUCCAAUUGUUUCUAAGUCUAACUACUGUGUUACCAGAUUUUAAAAAUUUACUCAAUUUAAAUAUUUUCCACGGUAACAUUUUUAUAUUCAUUAUAUUUUUUUUUGGUAAUGACAUUGCGGUACCUAUGUACUCUUACGGAUCGGACAGAGUAUUUUGAAAACAAUAUUGUAUUUUAAACAAUCUGUCAUGCUUGUUUUGGGUAUUUUGGCUCUUAUUCCAAAUAACAUUACAACCAACAUAAUUAAUAUACACAUUUUUUCGGUACGUAAUAUACGCGUUCAUAUAAAAAGUAUUUUUAAAAUUUAGUAUGGCACUGAGAUAAAACGAAAAUUUCGAAAUAAUUCUUUAACAAAUUGUUAAUUAAUUUACUAGCACAUUCUAAUGUACGUUUUUCGUUUUUAAUCUUAUAAUUUUCUCUUUGAGAGGGAUGGAAUAAUAUUUUUAAGUAUAGCCAACUUAUUUGUCUUUAUAUUAAAAUAAAAUUUUGUUUUAAUAUUAGUUGAGUACAUAAGAUCAACAAAUAUCUGUAGCGAGAAUGGAAUCGUAUGACAUUCCAGAAUUGACAGCGCUGGAAAGUAAUGCUUUGCAAAAAACAGAUUUUGAAUCCACAAACUUUCCUAUUGAUGUUUUAUAUUGUUCAAUAGGAAUUCAGUUGUAAUUAGGUUAUAGUUAAUAGACUAAGUUUUUCGUGUAUGGACUACUCCAUAUCGAUAUUAGAUUAUGACACUUAAGGGUUUAAAUUGCUAAAUAAAUAAUUGAUGGAUAUUUAUUGAUGUUUCAUUUAAUGUCAUGUCAAUAGUAGAUAUUUAAUAAAAAGCGUAAGUAACGUUAUAACAUGUAAUUGACAUAUAAACCUGUUCAGACUAUGUAUUUUCAUCAGCCCAUAAUAGGGCCACUGCUGGAUAUAGAUCUCUCUUUCAUAUAAGAGAGGUUUUGUCGUUUCAUUUACUAUUUGAUGAUCGCCAGUUUGGCAGGUAGACUGGCGAUCGCAAUACCAGAGGGUCCACAAAUUUAACAUCGUUUCUCGUCUGUUUUAAAUUGGUACUUAAAAAAAGUGGUUAUAAAACAAUACUACCAGUGCGGUUAACCGAUUUGUAAGGGGCGAUCGGUAGGCAAAAACGUUGUCCAUAAAUCAAAGUAAGAGCAGACGCCUUAUUUAAAAUUUGGCUACUCUGAAAAAUAAAUAUAUAUAUAUUCGCGCAUCAUAUUCAAACUACUGAAUAUGUUUGCAAGGAAUUAGGCAUAUUUGUUGUUUAUACUGGAUUAAGCAUUAGGAUAAGUUUUAUCCCGAAAAACCAUAGUAUAGACAGAAUUUCGCUUUUAUAAUAUUAGUACGGAUUAUCAUAAUUGUUUUACUUUUACAGAUUUCCAAAAGGCCCUCACUUAAAAAUGAGGUGGCCACAAUGUGCAAUUGAAAAAGGGGUUUGGAACCUACCCGCACAAGUACUAUCUGUUCGAUGCAGUUUGUUUUACCAACAUUACUGUUAGCAGAUACUGUAAGCAACCCACUUCCACCAAUUUUUGUUUUGGUACCUAGAGCCUUUUUUAAGGGUUCCGUACACAAAGGGUAACCAACGGGACCCUAUUACUAAGCCUCCGCUGUCCGUCCGUCUGUCAGCGGGCUGUAUCUCAUGAUGCGUAAUAUGUAGACAGUAGAAAUUUUCACAAAAUAUGUAUUUCUGUUGCCGCUAU